AUGACCAUAGAAUCAUUGAAUGGCAAGAUAUUAAAGCUUCCCAAAUCUCUUCUUGGGCAGAAGGAGUAUGUAGUGGAACUCCAGCUACCUCUACACUUUGUCAACUUGCCUGAAUGUUCUUAUGCCCUUGGGAAGAAUGAGACCAAUGAGAACACACUGGACAACAACUCAGGCCUGAAGGAACCGGCAACAAGCAAUGGUUUUCGUACGGAUGGGAAAGAAAAAGCAAAUUUGAACCUUAAAGCUCAGGAUUCCUGUGGAAGUAACAUUGACUGUGAGGAGAAAUUUAAUGAGUUGACCGCAGCAAAUGAUGAGAAUGGAAUGUUCUUCCAGGCUAUUCAUCAUAAUCGGCUUGAAUUCCAUACCAAAGCUAAGUGUCAGAAUCCUGUUGAGAAAGACAGAUUUCCACAGGUGCCCCCAUACCUGGAGGAUCAGGAUCAAUACCGAUUCUCUGUCUUGUCAGAUGCUUCCCCUGACAAAGCAAUGGAAACUCUUGCUAUGCGCACUUUAUUUUUGGGUAAGAUGUUCCUGGAAGAAUUCGGAAUUUCAUGCUGGUGCUCGUCAGAGGUCUUGCUCGUUACACUGUUCAUAACUUUGAACUGGUUUCUGCACCACUACUGCAGCCAGUGGAUCUAUCUCCAGGCGAAUGGUGUCCCUGUCAACAAGUUCAAUUUUUAUCCACACACAGUCGAACUCUGCUACCAGAAUUCUCUGCUGCACACUUGGGAGGAGUUGACCAUUGUAGCCCUGGGACCUCUGACCUUGAAUGUGGCUAUGCUUGUUAUGGCUAUGAUCAGAUGGCUCUGUCAUAUAUUAUUUGGCUCAUUCCCGUCCUUCUUGUCAAGGUUUAUCAUGGCAAUGGGAAUUUGGACAGUGCUUGACCCUCUGGCAAUAUUUAUAGUAGAUGGCAUCCUGGGGCGCCUGGCUUACAGCACAGAUAGUCCAAUAGCAGACGCAGCCAAGCUUUACUGGCUGUUUUACAGAGUGCAACAUUCUGGGAUCCCUGGCAUACUUAUUACAGUCAUCUUGUAUAUUGUGAUGUUCGUUAGCUCCCUUGCAAUACUGUGUUUCUAUAUCUUAAGGCUGCACAAUAGAGGGAGGCUUCUAGAUGUCUUCUACCGACUGCACAGCGCUGAGGGGAGAUUUUUUGUUCCUCUGGAUUUGGAGCUGUCAAAUCAAGAGCUGAACUACAUCAUCAAAAAGGCGGAGCAAUGGAGGGCGAUCAAUGGUGAAAGAAGGAAGGUGGCAGUGUACGACUACAUCUGGAAUGAUGAGCACAUCACACACCCGUCCUGUAGCUGUGCAUUGCAGGAGUGCAAUCAAACCCCUGGAUCAGAAGCUGGCUGCGGAGAGAUCACCACUCACGUGUCUAUCUACAUCAUAUACCUCAGUGGCUUGCAAGAGCUGUACAGGCAUUUCCUUCGGCUGCCUGAUGGUGCCAUUGUUGAGAAUACAAGCCAUGUUAAUGUGAGUGCUCCCUGGCUAGGAAUGGACAUCCUAAUGGAGGAAUCUUGAACUAGGCGAUGCAAUUUCAAACUAAAGGGCCUUUCAUUUAAAGGAAGGAGGAAUGUCUUCUGUCACAGCGUUAUCAAUGUUUGGAAUUCUCAUCCCCGUUGAGAAGUGGGGGCUGCAUCAUUGAAUCUAUACAAGACUAAGUUAGACAAAUUAUUGAUUGAAA